GAAGGUGUGAACUUAGCAAGAGGUAUCUUUCCUGCGGACAAAAUGCCGGCCAAGCCAGCACCCAUAAAGAAAGGGCUCAAGGCGGCGGUGAAGAAAGAGGCGCCAGCGAAGCCCGAACCUAAACCUGAGGCACCUCCAGCUGCAGCUCCACCCGCCGAAGCGCCUCCAGCUGAAGCUCCACCCGCCGAGGCUCCUCCAGCUGAAGCCCCACCUGCCGAGGCCCCUGCACCCGCGCCGGAAGCUCCACCAGCGGAGGUGCCCAAAGACGCCCCUGCUGCAGAAGCUCCACCAGCUGAGGAGAUCAAAGCUCCUACACCCCCUCCUCCUGCAGAGCCUACCAGCGAGCCUCUGGAGUUGGUAAUAGAGGAUGUCAACGAUGUUUCUGUCACUAUCCAGUGGAUACCUCCUGCUAACAUUGGGAAUGCUGGCUUGAAUGGAUACAUUGUGGAAUGCUGCAAGGAAGGAACUAGUGAUUGGAAAGCUGUUAAUGAUGAGCUCACCGUUUCCUGCCGCUACAUCAUUAAGAACCUGACCACUGGUGACCGUCUCAACAUUAGGGUGGUAGCUGUGAAUUCUGCUGGCCGCAGCAAUCCUGCAACUUUACCUGAUGCCAUCCUGGUCAGAGAAGUUGUUGAUCGCCCCAAGAUUCGCCUGCCACGUUUCCUGAGGCAGCGUUAUGUGGUGAAAGUUGGAGAGAAAGUCAACCUUGUCAUCCCCUUCACUGGCAAACCCCAGCCUGUUGUGACCUGGACAAAGGAUGGACAGCCCAUUGACACCAAGAGAGUGAACAUCCGCAAUACUGACAGGGACAGCAUCUUUUUUAUCCGUGCAUCUGAGCGAGCUGACUCUGGUGUCUAUGAGAUGUGUGUAAAAGUGGACAAUCUUGAAGACAAAGUCCAGUGGACCCUGCAGAUUAUUGAACUGCCAGGUCCACCUGCAAGCAUAAAGAUUGUAGAUAGCUGGGGGUUCAAUGUUGCUUUGGAAUGGACCGAGCCAAGGGAUAAUGGAAACACAGCUAUCACUGGAUAUACAGUGCAGAAGGCUGACAAAAAGACUGGGGAGUGGUUCACAGUGCUGGAACAUUAUCACAGGCUGAAUGCCACUGUCUCUGACCUGAUCAUGGGAAAUACUUAUACUUUUAGGGUCUUCUCUGAGAACAAGUGUGGAAUCAGCCAGGAUGCCACUGUUACAAAAACCUCUGCCACCAUCCAGAAGACAAGUAUUGACUAUAAACCACCAGACUACAAGGAACAUAUCUUCACUGAGGCUCCCAAGUUUACUACUAACAUGCCAGACCGCUGCACCACUGUGGGCUACACAACCAAACUGUUGUGCUCUGUCAGGGGAUCCCCUAAGCCCAAGAUUCAGUGGAUGAAGAACCAAAUGAUCAUUGGUGAUGACCCCAAGUUCAGGCAAUUAAACAACCAGGGCAUCUGCUCUCUGGAGAUCCGCAAGCCCGGUAACUUUGAUGGCGGUGUUUAUACCUGCAGGGCCAUCAAUGAACAUGGUGAGGCAGCCGUCACCUGCAAGCUGGAGGUCAAACAACCUGUGAAUCCUGAUGCUAAGUAAAUAAGGCCCAAAUUAGGAUGACAGUUUGCACAAAAGGAUUUUGAAGACACCGGUUGUUGAUGCAAAGAGAAAAUGAACUGUACAUAUAAAAGAAAUAACUUUUUCUUAUGUAACACUUUGACUCACAAAUAGAGCACAUGUAUAGGUACAUCAUGGACUGCCUGUGGUUGAGACAUCAGUUUAUUUGUUUCUAUUUAUGUAUGUAUCUUAUGAUACCUGGCACUGUCCUUAUGAUAAAGACUGAUCAAGUUUUUGCCUGUUAAUGGGAUCAUCUGGAGAAAAUGGGAAAGAUUUCAGUGUUUGUUAAAAAUAAAUGAAUGCCUUCA